UCUCUCGCUUCUCUCGCUCAUCCUUCGGGACUCCCCCGGUUCCGUCUCUUUUUUUUUUCUCUUUCUCUCUCAUUCUAUCUCUCCCUCUUUCUCGCAAAGAUCGACAUUAUAUGCGAGCGAGCAUGAUUUGCAAAUUCGCCGAACAUAUUUUUCGCGAAUCGCAAACGCGUCCCGAAUUUCGGGAGGAAAUUUUCUCGGGAACGAGCGCGCCGACGUAAACUCGCCGGUCUUCCGAGAGGAAAUUUCGCGAACGGAUGAUGCGACUGAACGUCGCAAUGAAAGUAUAAACAAUUGCGAAAUUGACUGAUGAUUCCGGGAUCGGGAUACAGCGCGAAAAGUUUGAUACAAGAGAUUUUCAAGUGACAUAAGUGUUACCAAAUCGUGCUAUCGUUCUAAAUGAACGAGGUAGUCCUACAGCUUGCAACAAGACGAAAUAGUUUGGAGGAUGCCAAGAGAUUAAUAACACUUCGGUACAAUUAGACGCUGCCACGUGGGGGCGGAAUGAGCUCGAGGGCGGAAUAAAUCAUCGACAAGUGCGUACCCGUGAGAUGCACGUUGCCCCGAGAAGGUCUUCUGGAAACGCCGAUCGUCUCGCCGAGCGGAGGUCGAUCGAACGAAAUAAUGCGAUCGAAGCGCAUCAAGAAGGCGGCGCUCUUCAGAUUGCUGAGAUAUAGAUAGUGCGCUAGGUGUCGGAAGAUAACUCGGCGCAUCUCCGUGACUGUAAGUCGAGAGUGAAGAGAGGCGGGAACACACUCAGACGAGAGCACACGAGACUGAUCGCGAUUGCGGCGACGAUCGAUGAGCGCAAUUACACUUCGCUGGCUGUGAUUUUUACUCCUAGACACCCCGACACCGGAUGCUUGAUGCGCAAAGACCGUUCAAGACUGAUCAAGUUAGACUUCUCACCGACUUCCCAGGAAGAAUAAGUGAGCCCGGGACAUUGUCGUCUCACGCGACUCGUCGCCUCGCUCCUCGUCAUCGAGUGAAUCGAUCCGGCCGGUAGCAAAGUCUUCGAUCUGCAUUCUCGAUGGUGCGACGACUCUGGUGUUCUAUGAAAAUCGUAAAAAUAUUACAGUGCGGAUAACCGACAAGUACUAACGUAACACUCUUUGUGAACGCGGACGGACCUCCCCGAUGAUGGCGAUACGAGAUGUUUCGUUCAUCGCUACGAGUUUGCGUUUGCCGUCGUCGUUGCUGUAUGCGAAAUCCUCUGGAGUCCUUCAACGGGAUUACACGGACCGCGAGAGUUAACUAAAAUGCGAGAGUUGAACGCCACCGCAUGCGCUGCUUUGCACGACGGCGUCGAGUGGUUGAGCAUGUGGAAUGUGGUUACCCUAAUCGUCCUGGCGAUCGUCAAUAUCAUGGUGAUAGUCGGUAACGUCCUCGUUAUACUGGCCGUCUAUUCCACCAACAAGCUGAGGAACGUGACAAAUAUGUUCAUCGUGAGCCUGGCUGUUGCCGAUCUGAUGGUCGGCAUCGCCGUCUUGCCGUUCAGCGCGACCUGGGAGGUCUACAAGGUUUGGGUAUACGGAGAUCUCUGGUGUUCCGUGUGGCUAGCGGUCGACGUUUGGAUGUGCACGGCGUCGAUAUUGAAUUUAUGCGCCAUCAGUUUGGAUAGGUACUUGGCUGUGACCAGGCCAGUCAGUUAUCCUCAGCUUAUGUCGACGAAAAGAGCGAGACUGCUAGUAGCCACUGUUUGGGUUUUGAGCUUCCUCAUCUGUUUUCCACCUCUGGUAGGCUGGAAGGACAAACGGUCGCAUCCCACGCACAACGUGACGUUUCCUCCAUACGGCCCGUCCAACACCACCACUAUACUCAUACCGGUGAAGCCGUGCCCAUGGAUCUGCGAGCUUACCAACGACGCCGGCUACGUCGUUUAUAGCGCCCUAGGCUCCUUCUAUAUACCGAUGCUGGUGAUGAUGUUUUUUUAUUGGCGGAUCUAUAACGCCGCGGUUUCCACGACGAGGGCCAUUAAUCAAGGUUUUCGGACAACAAAGCCCUCGAAAAUGCUCGGCACCAGGUUCGACGAACAAAGACUGACCUUACGAAUACAUCGCGGUCGCGGUAGCGUCCACAAUGGUAGCAACAACGGCAGCUCGCGGAGCCCUGACUCGAGCGGUCGCAAUUCCGUCAAGCGGGAGAAGAUCAAAAUCUCGGUCUCCUAUCCCAGCACCGAGACGCUCAACACCAAGUGCAACACCCUUGAGAGAACGCCGUCGAGGUGCUCGCAGAUCUCGGUCCAUUACAGCAACGGUCAGACGCAGACGCAGCUUUGUCCGACCUCGCGGAACACGCACCUUAAGGUCGGCGGUGUCAAUAGGGUCGGCAGCAGCAAGAGACCGAGCAGGCGGAACAGCUGCGAAAGUCAGGUGACCGGCGAUGAGCUGUCGCUGCGCGAGAUGACGACAAGCAGCGAGGAGAAACCGCGGGUGAUGAAGUUGGGCAAGAGAAACAUAAAGAACCAAGUGAAGAGAUUUCGCAUGGAGACCAAAGCGGCGAAGACUCUGGGCAUCAUCGUCGGCGGCUUCAUCCUGUGCUGGCUGCCGUUUUUCACCAUGUACAUCGUGCGCGCGUUCUGCCCGAAUCGAAUCCAUCCAACCAUCUUCAGCGUGCUAUUUUGGCUAGGAUAUUGUAAUUCCGCGAUAAACCCCUGUAUCUAUGCUCUCUUCAGCAAGGACUUCCGAUUCGCUUUCAAGAAGAUCAUCUGCUGCAAGUGUUCGUGCAUGCGACGCCCCGACACUCUACGACGCGGCAGCGACGGCAGCCAGUUGGCAAUGAGGAACCCGCGGACCCACACACUUUCAAUGGUUCACGGGAACGGUACUGUGUGUGUGCCCCGCAGGAACGAGCGAAGUCCAAGCUACACGAUCCGCAUGGGAUCCGCUCAGCAAGGGAUCUCGAUCGACGACUCGGAUCCGGAUCCGUCAUCGGAGCCGACGCACUCGCAGAGCGAGUCCAGAUGAUUGUAGCGGCGCGUCCGAGCUGGCGCGCAACGCGUCACCUUCAAUCGACGAUCCUCCAAAGCGAGGAUAUGCUCCUUUUGAUGAUGGCAGUGCUUCGGAACGUGCUCAGCACGUCGGCUUGCGCGUCGCGUCACGACGACGAGUUGCAACACUCGACGCUCGCUAUGCCAACGUAAAUUCCGUUAUGCCAUUCUGCCAGACUGACGUCGCGUCAGCGUUUCGCGCUUGUAAAUUACUCCUCCGACAAAGCCGGAAACAGCCGGGCUCUAUCUCCGAACGUCGUGAAAACGCAAAAUCGCUAGACAAGCAAGUCGAGCGGCAAGCCGAGUGGCUAAGCAAGUAGCGAACGACCUGUUUAGCUUCCGUGAUGUCUUUUAUCGAUGAUGGGGAAGUUUGUCUAGCUAUCGAUAACAUGUAAUGUCGCUACAACGAGUUUACGCGAGGUCAACGGGUAGGCAAGCCAAGUAGUUUGCCGAGCAAAUAAUUUGCCACUUGACUUGGCUUUUCCGAAUUGCGCAAACUUGCUGAUAACGUUUUCGUAUAACAUGUUUACAUGAAAUCAGCGGAGACGCGAGUUCGUAACUGUUCUUCCCGCGUUUCUAUCAGCCAUCGUCGAAGAAACGUAAAUGAGCGAUUUGUCGCUCGACUUGCCUUUGCGCCGCGAUUGCGAUGAGAUCGAUAGAAAAUCGGAGAGAAAACUCUGUGGCUCCACGCGAAAAUUGGAUUUUUAGUGCGAUACACACGAAACGCGUUGGAGCAUUUCACCUGCGAUUUCUGGAAAAAUCCAGAGAAAAAAAAAAGAGGAAACGAACGAUCGACUCCCACACGCGGAUUUCGUCGCGCGCAUCAUUUCGCGAGAGCGUCGCGGCGCUUCGCUUCGAUUUGUACUUUCGGCUACGUUAAGAGCUUAAAACGAUUUGUCUUUCUUAAGUAAUCACCUUCUUGUGACCACCGUCCGGUGAAUAUAGCAAGCCAUCGUACACACUUAAUGUUACAUGUAUCCCGCGCGGAUCGCCAGACAGUAAUCAGUCGUUUUAUUCGGAGCGAGAAACAAGAAUCCGAAUAAUGUAUUCAAUCGAUGUGCCUUCUCUUUUCAUUGUAUAACAAGUCACACUACUUUCACGACGAGAGAUUGUUAUUAUUUUCUUUUUCUCUUUCGUACAAAGCCAUUCGAGAAAAAUAUUUAUUUGAAUUCAGAACGAUUCAUAACCGAAUCACGCGUUCAUACAGCUUUCGAUCUCCACGUUCUUUACGAUUUCAAAUCGAAGAUUGAUUGACUGAUUACUCUUGGUCGUUCGCGUCAAGAACUUUGCAUAUACGUAUUGCGCAAUUGCAUUCGUUCUACGUCGCUAAUAAGAUCGGUACUGAAAUUGCGAGAGGUGUGAGGACGGGACGAAGAGAAAAGGAAACUUGGACGAUUAUUCGCGAUCGCAAGUAUGCACCUUCGAGAGAGAACGGCGCAUUCGAGAGACGCGAACAUAACGAGCGACACAGACCUCCUAUGUACAUAUCGAUAUCUCUAUGUGUACGCAAUAACACGCUAAGUAUGUCGUUAUCUUCUAUAUAAACCGAUGUUCGCGCGCUCGUAUAAAUCGGCGUUUCUCCCGCCCCCUCGUCCCUUUCCCGUCCCAGCCUCCCUCAUCCUCCUUUUUUCCGUAUUCGAGCGAUUUUUCCGGGACACGGCCGGAAAAUGACGGCAUCAUCGAUGCUGUUGAUUUCUACGUUUUUUUUACAUAAUGUUGCAUGCGAUUGUAUAAAUAAACAUUGCAUUACAUCGUUGUUAUCGCCGCGCGUGUGAUACAUGCGUAUUGCGUUGCCGUGCGGAUAUAUCGUUAAACGAAACGCUACAUACGGCGCUGGCGCAAAAGUUCCGGCGUCUCAUCUUCGCAGAAUUUUCCGAUCUACCUCCCCCCCCCCCCUUUCCCCCUAGAUAUCGCUGUUUUAGCAAUGUAACUGUAUAAUUCGGGGGCGGCGAGAUAGCCGAUCGACUUCAAUGCGUGAUUCGUGUAUUAUGUGAUAUAUCGUAUAAAUACGUAAGAAACGGAUGAAAAUAAAUAUGUGAAUACGCAUAUAAGAUGUCCCGUCGCCUCGCAUAACCCAUCCCACAAGUCUGCGACACUUGCGAAUUCAACGGCGAACGUCACUUCGGACUUCUAAGAGUCUACUUUGUUGAGAUUCUAUUCCGUACAAUUCGAUUUGAACCUCCUCAAUGCUCUUGCCUUUCGUCUCCGGCACCAUGGUGGAGAUGAA